AUGAAGGACUCGACUCCCAGGUUUGACUUUCGGAAAGUGUGGUAUAAAGUGGAAGGGAGGCUUAAGAUUAAAUCGCUGAGCUUCGUUAUUGAAUCUCCGGCUUCCGGGGAUGUCGUUCACCGACAGAUGAUCAAGGAAUUGGCCUGCCACCUAAAUCAUUGCCCCUGCGAUCUCAUAAAAUAUCGAAACCCUGUCGAUACGAAAGAGAUCAGUCUGGCGCAGGCCGGUGCGUGUCUAAAUUGCAACAAGGUCGUGAACAAAUGCGGCAUUAUGAAAAUAAAGCUUGACGGCUUCCCCAAUGGCUACUUUGCCGCACACAUGAGUGAGGUGUGA